AUGGGAAUAUCGAGACGCCCCAAGAACAAGGGCGCCGGCCCAGCCGCGGACGGCGCAAACGGAGUCGCGAAGCCCAAGAAGGCCACCUUUGAGACAACUAAGAAGAAGGAGAUUGGUGUCUCCGAUCUGACUCUGCUGAGUAAGGUCUCUAACGAGGCCAUCAACGAGAACUUGAAGAAGCGAUUCGAAGGCGCCGAGAUUUAUACCUAUAUUGGCCAUGUGUUGGUCUCUGUCAAUCCCUUCCGGGAUCUGGGUAUCUAUACCGACCAGGUCCUCGAGAGCUACAUGGGCAAGAACCGACUCGAGAUGCCCCCCCACGUUUUCGCCAUUGCCGAGGCCUCAUACUACAACAUGAAGGCGUACAGCGAAAACCAGUGUGUCAUUAUUUCAGGAGAAUCCGGUGCCGGAAAGACCGAGGCAGCCAAGCGCAUUAUGCAGUACAUCGCCAGCGUGUCCGGUGGAGAGUCGGGAGACAUUAAGCAGAUCAAGGACAUGGUGCUGGCAACCAACCCUUUGCUAGAAUCGUUCGGAAACGCAAAGACACUACGAAACAAUAACUCUUCACGAUUCGGCAAGUAUUUGCAAAUCUACUUCAACACCCAGGGCGAACCCGUGGGUGCCGACAUUACAAACUACCUACUGGAAAAGACGCGAGUGGUGGGCCAGAUCACGAACGAGCGAAACUUCCAUAUCUUUUACCAAUUCGCAAAGGGGGCCUCAGAACAAUACCGCCAGACAUUUGGUGUUCAAAAACCCGAGACCUAUGUCUACACCAGCCGGUCAAAAUGCUUAGAUGUUGACGGUAUCGACGAUCUCGCCGAGUUCGAGGAUACGCUCAAUGCCAUGAAGGUUAUCGGCCUCUCCCAGGCUGAGCAAGACGAUAUUUUCCGAAUGCUAUCAGCUAUCCUAUGGAUAGGAAACAUCCAGUUUCAGGAGGACCAGAAUGGAUACGCCGAGGUCAAAGAUAGAUCUGUGGUUGAUUUUGCCGCUUAUUUGUUGGAAGUUACCCCUGAGCAACUCAUCACUGGUAUCACAAUUCGAAUCCUGACACCUCGAAAUGGCGAGGUUAUCGAAUCGCCUGCCAAUCCUGCUCAGGCACAGGCUACACGAGAUGCCCUAGCCAUGGCCAUUUAUAGUAACCUUUUCGAUUGGAUCGUUGAGCGCAUCAACAAGUCUCUCAAGGCGAGACAACCGACCACCAACACGAUUGGUAUCCUGGAUAUUUACGGAUUCGAGAUUUUCGAGAAGAAUAGUUUCGAACAACUUUGCAUCAACUACGUCAACGAGAAGCUGCAGCAAAUCUUCAUUCAGCUGACUUUGAAGGCUGAGCAGGAGGAAUACGCCCGCGAACAGAUUCAGUGGACGCCUAUCAAGUAUUUUGAUAACAAGGUUGUGUGCGAUCUUAUUGAGCAGGUUCGACCAGUUGGUAUCUUCUCUGCCUUGAAGGACGCUACCAAGACUGCGCACGCCGAUCCCGCUGCUUGCGAUCGUACAUUCAUGCAGAGCAUCAGUGGCAUGUCGCACGCUCAUCUUACCCCUCGACAAGGAAAUUUCAUCAUCAAGCAUUAUGCUGGUGAUGUGACAUAUACUGUUGAAGGUAUUACGGAUAAGAACAAGGACCAGCUUCUCAAGGGUCUAUUGAGUCUCUUCCAGCACAGUGGAAACCAAUUCGUCCAUACCCUGUUCCCUCGACCUGUUGAUACAGAUAACCGAAAGCAACCCCCUUCUGCGGGUGACCGUAUCCGAGCGUCUGCUAAUGUCCUGGUCGACACAUUGAUGAAGUGCCAGCCUUCGUAUAUCCGUACAAUCAAGCCAAACGAGAACAAGUCGCCAACAGAAUACAAUAGUCCCAAUGUUCUUCAUCAGGUCAAGUAUCUCGGUCUUCAAGAGAACGUCCGAAUUCGUCGAGCCGGUUUUGCAUACCGUCAAGAUUUUGACAAGUUUGUUGAUCGAUUCUUCCUUCUGUCUCCCGCUACCUCUUAUGCUGGUGAGUUCACCUGGGAGGGAACCACCAAGGCUGCUGUCAAGCAGAUUCUUGAAGAUACCAGCAUUCCAAAGGAGGAAUGGCAAAUGGGUGUCACAAAGGCCUUUAUUAAAGCUCCUGAGACACUCUUUGCUCUGGAGCAUAUGAGAGACAGAUACUGGCAUAACAUGGCUACCCGAAUCCAGCGUAUGUGGAGAGCUUACCUUGCCUACCGAGCCGAGUCCGCUACGCGAAUCCAGCGAUUCUGGCGAAAGAAGCGAACUGGAGCCGAGUAUCUCCAACUCCGGGACCAAGGCCACCAAGUUCUUGGAGGUCGUAAAGAGAGACGUCGCAUGAGUUUGCUGGGCUCUCGAAGAUUCCUUGGUGACUACCUGGGAAUUAAUGCAAGCACUGGACCUGGAGCUCAGAUCCGUAACGCUGCUGCUAUUGGCACAAAUGAAAAGGCUAUCUUUUCUUGUCGUGGUGAGAUUUUGGAGGCUAAGUUUGGACGUUCCAGUAAAGCCAGCCCCCGUAUUCUCGUUAUUACCAACAGCAAGUUCUACAUCAUUGCUCAGAUGCUUGUCAAUGGCCAGCCUCAAAUCUCAGUCGAGAAGUCAGUUCCUUUGGGGGCUAUCAAGUUUGUUGGCGCCUCGUCGGCUCGCGAUGACUGGUUCUCUCUAGGUAUUGGUUCGCCUCAAGAAGCAGACCCCUUGAUGAACUGUAUGUUUAAGACGGAGAUGUUUACUCAGAUGCAACGAGUUAUGCCCGGUGGUUUCAACCUCAAGAUUGCUGAGACCAUCGAGUACGCCAAGAAGCCCGGCAAGAUGCAACAGGUCAAGGUCAUGAAGGAUUCACAGCUUCCCGUUGACUACUACAAGAGUGGUGCGGUACAUACUCAGCCUGGCGAGCCACCAAACUCAGGCUCGAAGCCUACGCCCAAGGGCAAGCCUGUGCCCCCUCGCCCCAUCACCCGAGGCAAGCUGAUCAGGCCUGGAGGUCCCAAUGGUCGGCCAUCUCGCAUCCAGGCUACUAAACCUCGUCCGGGAGCAGGCACGCGAGCUGUUCCUCAGCCGCCAGCCGCUCUCGCAGCCGCCGCUUCUAUUCCGGCUGCUGCUACUCAAGCCACUCCCCGUAUCGCUCCUCGCCCUGUUGCAGCUUCUGCAGCUCCAACUCCUGCCGCACACAACCCUCUCCCAAGCCACACUCGAAAUGCCAGUGGUGCUGGGCGUGCGCCUCCACCUCCACCACCUCCUGCCGCCCCAGCACGUCCCCCAAGCCCUCCCAAGGUGCUGGCCAAGGUCCUAUAUGACUUCGCUGGUCAGCGGGAAAAUGAGCUUACAAUUACUGCCGGCCAACUGGUCGAGAUUGUGCAGAAGGAGACCAAUGGUUGGUGGUUAGCAAAGAACCCAAACACCGAACAGCAGGCUUGGGUUCCAGCGGCGUAUGUCGAGGAGCAAGCUCCCCCAGCUCCUCGAGCCCCUCCGGCCCCUCCACGAUCCAAGCCAACGCCCCCUGCACCUCCCGCCAAACGUCCUGCUGCCGGCCGCAAGCCUGCCGAGCUCCAGCAGCGUGACUCUGGCAUGAGCCUUAACACUCCCAAUGGAGGAAGCAGCCGUAGCAGCACGCCUACACCCAGCCUAUCUGGCAGUUUGGCGGACGCUCUGCUGGCAAGAAAGAACGCUAUGCAGAAGGAGAAGGAUGAUGACGAUGACUGGUAG